CUCAAAAUUCUUGAAAAUGCUUUCGGAGCCGUCGAGAAGACCAAUUCGGGACCAAGAACUGGCACUAGAUAGCGUUGUAACUACACAAUCAGAACUUGGGCCAAGCAUACCAGAUGGGGGAUAUGGAUGGCUUGUUUUUAUGGCAACUUUGUUUUUUCAGGCUUUAAUUCCAAGUUUGAGAAUCAGUUUUGGGAUAUUUCUAGCCAUGUCAAGGCUCCAAUUAUAUACAAAAAAUGAUCAAGAUCCAAAGCUAUGGGACGAUGGAUUCAUGUAUGCACCUGUGUUAUUUGCUGCUGUCUGGUCAAUAUUCGAUCCAACCUCACGCUUUCUUAUUUCAAAUAGCACAUGGCCGAGACUUGUUGCUACUGCCGGAACUUGUUGACAUGUGCAGGUCUUCUUUUUUUGUGGAUGGGUCUGGCUGAAUAUUCGGGACAUUUAUUGUUUCCGCUAGCGGGAAUAGUUUGUGGUAUUGGAGCCUCUAUAGAAAUAGCUCAAUGUGAAAUAUUGCUGGCUCAAUAUUUCAGAAUAAAGCACGCUCUUCUGGCUAACGUAUGUCAAGGAAUGGCAUCAUUUGGCUUCGUUAUCGUUCCUGUCGUUAUAGGACACAAUGUGUUAAGUUCUAGUCUAUUGCACGUAGUGUUAUGGUAUCAGGCUAUUAUUUUACAAGGUUUGAUAUGUAACAUGGUGUUCAAAAAACCUGCUUAUUUAAAAUCGAGACAACGAGAAACAUAUAACUAUAUAACGUCUAAUCCGGAUGACGAAGAAGACAUUUUGUCCAAAAACUCCAGAGAGCUACAGAUUAAAAGGCAAAACAGCACAGGGACGCAUGUUAUGAUCGAAAAACACGCAUUACCUACCUCAGUUCCAACAGACGCUGAACCAAGCAGUAGCGGUACGAACCAACUUAGCCGCAACUGGGAAACCUUUGAAGACGAAGAAGAAGCCAAAGAGAAAGCCAAUUACGAAAUGCUAAAUCAGGAUUGGGAAACCUUUGAAGAGGACGAAGAGAGUGAAGUGAAACCAAAGAAAGACUGGGUGAAAUUUGAGGAUGAACCAAAGAAUACUAAGAACCUCAAAUUAGAACUGUCUUUUGCUGAGACUGAAAAGAGAGAACCUACUAGUAGUUUAACUGGAUUACCAAAGCCAUUAUUUUCAGAUUUACCGUAAAUAAUAAUAAUACUUACUCUUACGAUAUUAUAGAACAUGAUUUGCGCUCAGUGGAGCCUGUGGUGUUUAUGCCGACGACCAUCGAGAAACCAAGACGGUUUGCUGAUAAACUGGAAGUUCUAAAGCAACUGACUUUUUAUAAAUCGCUUUUGACUGUUUUAACUACGAAAUGUUCUAUGUUCAUAUAUUACACUUUAUUUCCAUUAUAUGUUUACCAAGAAGUGGAAAGUUUAACUUUAAGGGAAAUGUCAGUAAUGGUUGGACUUCUUUCGAUUAGUGGUUUACUGUUCACUGGAGUCUCCCAUUGGAUCAAUAUCGACAAAAAGAGACGACCGAUAUGUUUCUGGGUACUAUGUUGGGUUGGAGCCUUCGGAUAUUUUAUGCUUGCCGAUUCGAAUUCCAAGCAGGUCUUAAUAUUCGGAGCGAUUGGAGUGAUCCUCAGCAUAGCUUCAUUACAGUAUGUCGGAAUGCCUAUUUUAGGUUUGACAUUAAGAGGAGAAACAAGUAAAGAAUUCUCUGUCAUUAGUACAUUAAGCGGCUGUGCAUUAUUGUUAUUUUUAGUAUUUGAUAUGACGUUCAAAACAUGCUUCAAAUUAAUGGCUUUACUUCAUUUCUUCACAGGAGCUGUCUGGUUUGCGAAUUAUAUAUAUAAAAAAAUUAGGAUCUAGAAUAAAUUAUCCAACUAAUACGCUUUUGUAAAUAUAAGUUAAUUAUUAUUAAAUUAAUAUAUAAUGUUAUACCUUUAAUA